AUGACGCAUUGCGCGACUUCUUCCUCUCUGCGGCAGCCACUCGUCGGCGAGUGUGGAGCAUCCUCUUCGUCGGAAAACGGAGAGGAGACGCGUUCCUCCCUUCCUCCAUUCGCCGGUGCGUCAGAUCGUGAAGGACCGCCAAGACCUCCUUUCCGAGACUACGACGCUCAAGCGAAUGCUGGAAACCUCACACUCGACACAGCCUCCUCAGCCACUGCUCCCCUUCUUCUGGAGCCUUCUUCGCCUUCUGCAUCUCCUUCUUCUCCCCCUUUUCUCCCUUAUUCUCACUCCUCCUCUCACGCUUCUUCUUCUGUUUAUCCUUCUUGGAGUUUCGCCUAUGACGGCUACGUGAAGGAGCGUCGGCGGCGCAUGCGCAUGUUGUGGGCGUCAGUGUCGGUGGACACCUUGCUGAUGGUCCUCGUUCUGGCGCAGGAGUGGCGCUCCUGGUCGUACUCUGUUUCUCAUUCUCUUCUCGACGUCGCGCUUCUCCACCUGUGUCGCUCUCUCGUUGUGAUUCUCUCCGUCCUUCGAGUCCGGCGCCGGACCGCCUCUACGGUGCACCCUGCCCCAGACGCGUUCUCCCAUGUGGUGGACUUCGACAGCGAGGGAGGUCGCCAGCUGGCUGCGCCGCGGGAGAAGACCCCUGUGGCGGGGGCUGCUCUCGAGGAAGGACGACAAAGAGAAGACGUUUCAGGGAUAUCCAGUGCUGUGUCGUCGUACGCGGAACUCGGAGAGCGCGCAGAAGCGGUCUCACGCUACAGGGGCGUCAUUCGAGCUGUUGAAGAGGCCGAGAGAGAGGCAGGAGAAGUCGCGACGAAGGGGAAAACCCGCAUCGACACCGCCCUGCGAGUGAUCUUCGUAUGUCUCUUGGCUGCCGUCCUGAAAGCCAUUAACCUGCGCUUCGAGGACAUUCUCACCGACUUCUCUCACACGUCGUCCUCGCCAGUUUACCGAAGAAACCAACAGGAAACUGGCGCUGGACUCCACCUCAUCGCUAGCUCCGGAUUCCAUCUGCUUCUCCCCUUCCUGGAGGUCGCGUGGGCAGUUGUCGCGCCCUUCUUACAGGCAUACUCUCUGUGGCGAGUGCGAGUGUGCCUGAGUGAGGAAAGGGCGCUGCUUCACCGUCGCCUUCUUCAGCUUCUUCAACUCGAAAAACGGGAAGCUGCUGCAUGCGCUAGUCAGCGGGAGGCUUCUGAACAGGAACCGAGGGAACUGGAGGCCCCUGCGGACCUCCAGGGUUCUGCCGAAGAGGACCAAGAGGAGAUCGAAGAUCUCAGCACUGUCGAGUUCCUGAAGCUGCUCCGGCCCUACUUUUGGCCGUCAGGGGCCGUGGCGUCGCGCGCGGAGUUCACGAGCCAGUGGAACUCUCCCUUCGUUCUUCGCGCCCUCGCCUUGUCGACGUUUCUGUGCAUCGCUGUGAGCAAAGUGUUGACGCUGGCCUCUCCCCUGCUGCUCGGCGGAGCUGCAGGAGCCGCGGCCGAGGCAGCGCGUUUCGCGGCAGAAGGCAGACACGAUGAAGCGACAGAAGCUGGGCGAAGAGGCGCUCUGUUUGUUGCCGCCUUCGCCGGCGCGGCCUUGGGCGCGAAACUCUUCAAAGAGCUGCAGGCCCUCGCCUAUCUGAAGGUGCAACAGGCGGCGUACGUGGAGACAUCGGAGCGAACUCUCCGGCACCUGCUUUCCUUGCCUCUUGAAUGGCAUGUGAAGAAACAAAUGGGUCACGUCAUUCGCGCAACGGACCGGGGGACAGAAGCAUGUUCCUACUUGAUGACAUACCUUUUUCUCUACCUGGUGCCCGCGCUGUUCGAGUGCAUUGCCGUCUGCCUGGUCUUCAUGUUCCACUUGCGCCAUCGCGUCCUCGCUUCUCUGCUUUUCCUCUCGCUUUCCAUCUACGCGUGGGUGACUCUCCAAGUGACGUUCUGGCGGCGCAAAUGGCGCGAGGCUCAAAAUCAAAGAGACAGUAAAUAUCACCAGUUGGCCAUUGACGCACUCACCAACUUUGAAACGGUCAAGAUGUUCAAUGCAGAGGACUACGAAGUUCGACGUUACGUGGGUGCUGUCCAAGAGUUCCAGGAGCUGGGGACCAAGAUCCAAGCUUCUCUUUCUUUCCUGAAUGCGGCGCAACAGACCAUUGUCUACGCAACGCUCGUGGGAGGUCUCGCGUUCACCGUUCAGGCCAUCGCCCAAGGGACGAUGAGUGUGGGGGAGUUUGUAACUGUGCAAAUGUAUCUCCUCAACGUCUUUGCGCCUCUCAACUUCCUCGGGACCAUCUACAACGUCAUUGUGCGCUCGGUGGCGGACGCUCAGAAUUUGUCUCAUCUCUUAGGCACGAAGCCGGGCAUCGUGGAUGCGCCCGAUGCGGCGUCCCUCGUGGACAUCCUCACCCGACCGCCUUCGUCUCCCGGCGUCUCGUUCCGGGAUUCAACUGCCUCGACGUUCCAAGUUUCCCUGGGCACGACGGCUCCCGCUUCUGCACUUCUUGCCUUAGAUGCUUCCAUGCCCGCACCUGCACAGAGGCGCUCGCAGGGGGAGGCCUCUGAUGAAGCCGAGCCGACAGAAAAAAACGAAACGCAACUCGAGAGAUUCUAUCUCCAGGCUCCGCUUCGUCCGCUUGUCGCGUACGCCGUCGGAGACGCGUCGCCGCCCUUGCCCUACGCACCCAGCAUCGAAUUCGAAAAUGUCUGCUUUAGCUACAACGGCCAAGGGCGACACCGACGAUCGAUUCGCGACGUCAGCAUUAACAUCCCUGCAUGCAAGACCUGCGCACUCGUGGGAAUCUCCGGAAGCGGCAAGAGCACCCUGACCAAACUGCUCAUGCGCUUGCUCGAACCAGACAGCGGCCGCGUCUUGAUCAACGGCGUGGACGUCUCUCGCGUCACUCAAGAGUCUUUGCGUGCAUGCAUCGGCAUGGUGCCUCAAGAACCAGUGAUGUUCAACGCCACAAUCUACGAGAACAUUGCAUACGCAAAGCCCAACGCGACGUUCAGCGAAGUCGAGGCAGCCGCGGAUGCCGCGCAGCUUCUCCCUCUCGUGCUUGCGAUGAAAGACAAGUGGAACACAAGGGUGGGUGAAAGAGGGCUGAGACUCAGUGGAGGCGAGAGACAGAGGGUAGCCAUCGCGCGCUGCUUCUUGCGAAAUCCGCCGAUUGUGCUUCUCGACGAAGCUACGUCGUCACUCGACUCCGUGACGGAGGCGGCCAUCCAGAAAGGUCUGCUGAGCCUCAACAGCAAUCGCACAGUGCUGAUGGUCGCUCACCGACUCUCGACGAUCAUGCAUGCAGACCUCAUUUGUGUCAUGCGCGGAGGGCGAGUUGCAGAAAUGGGGACGCAUAUGGACCUUCUGGAUCGUCAGGGACUGUAUGCAGAGCUCUGGGAGGCGCAGGCGAAGCAGGAAAGUCGCGAGAGCGAAGAAGAGACAGAGGCAGAAAGGGAGGAAAAGGACGAAGGCAAAGACGACACUGCGACGCGGCAACCGAAUGCGGCAGCGGAGGGAUAA